AUGCCUCGAUACUCUAGCUCCGUUGAUGGCGCGGAAUUGUUUUAUCGCGACUACGCACCAGAAGGCAGACCUCCCGUGCUUGCAACAGGACUGCCUCAGGCAGCCAGGAGCCUAACUCUGGUCCUUCUUCACCAAUGGCCUCUCUCAUCUCGCAUGUACGACCCGAUCCUGCUGCCACUUUGCGAGACCCACGGAUACCGUGUUAUUGCCCCUGAUAGGCGAGGUUUUGGUAAGAGCGAGUGGGCUGGACAUGAUUCCACGGCUACCAUUGGCUACAAAGAGCUGGGGCAAGACUUGUCGGGUCUGUUGGAGAGAAUCCAGCCAGGGCCUUUUGUCCUUGUCGCUACCAGCAUGAGCACGGGUGAGGCGCUUUUGGCGUAUCUUAACAGCUCCUAUAUACAGGAAAACUGUCAGUCACCCCAAAAUCCCAAGGCUCCGCCACAGAGCGUAUGGGAUUCAACUCUCAUGGCCAUAAGACAAGAUAGGCCUAACUUUAUCGCCAACGGCUUCAGGGGGCCUUUUGGAGUUGGAACAUCAGGUUCGGUCACCGAGAAGCAGAUUGCGUUUUUCGAGAAUAUCUUCUUCGAGAAUGAUCCUAUCGCCCUUGAACGCUGCCUACGAAUCUAUACUUGCGAGGACCUGUCUGAGCAGAUCAAGAGGUUCGGGCAAAUCUUUCAGAAACCUUUUCUCCUUAUUCACGGGGGAGGCGACGGUGGAGUGCCCGCCGAAGUGAGCGCAGAACUUGUUCAGAAGUCAGUGCCUGGAGCGAAGCUGACUAUAUAUGAAGAAGGAGGACAUGUGCUGGUCCUUAAUUAUGCGGACCGUCUUUUAGACGACAUUGUAAACUUUGUAGAGAAAGUCGCGGGACGGAAUUAA